GUCGUAUUAUGUAUAGGCUUCAAGUUAAAACCUCCCCGGCCCCCGAACUCAGUGAGUCAGCUUCACGAGGUUUCUCGUGGGUACCUUUCAAGUGCAUUCGUAAGGCUUAUUCACAUGAAUGUCAGCAACUGACUGCAAGCGAUGUGAUGCUCUGAUGUCGCAGAGAGCGACUUGUCUCACACAUAAAUAUGAGCAUUCUUUCGCCUUGAAGUCACCCAAGUUUCUAUUCAAUCAUCACCAUCACCAUCAUCAUGCUUGAACAGCUGACUCUAUACCUUCACAAGCUCUCGCCCUAUAGUCAAAAGGCCGAAUUAGCUCUUAUCGAAGCUAAUGCACCCUACAAAGGCUACCAAAUAGACGUAUUCAAUAAACCAGAGUGGUUUGUUAGCAAAGUGAAUCCUGUCGGCAAGGUGCCCACUGUGGCAUAUGGAGGACCCAAUGUCGCCCCCGAUGAUCCUUCGCCCUCGUCCACUAAAAUCGCAGAAUCCAAUGUCAUCCUUGAAUUCUUGGCGGACCUCUAUCCAGACUCUGGCCUUUUGCCAAAGGAUCCUGUUUCGCGUGCAAAAGUCCGUUCCUUCGUUGAUGCGAACACUAAACACUUCGAGGACCCGCUUUAUGGCUUCAUCGCAGGGCGUGGGUCAUACGAGGAUGUCUUGAAUGGCGUUGAAUUUAUCCAAGGACUUCUCGGGGAGGGCGGAGAUUUCGCAGUCGGAGACCAUUACACCAUUGCAGAUGCUUGCAUCUCUCCGCACCUGGCAAGGCUCAUGGUCAUCACUGAGGCUGACUCAGGUAAAUUUGCUGUCGGUAUGGGGUCUAAGCUGGGUGAGGAGCUAAAGGCACCCAAGUUCGCUAAAUUCAUGAAAUACGCCGACCGAGUACUGGAGCGCCCAAGUCUCAAGCAAACCUUUGAUAAAGAGGGUGUGACCACAUUCUUCAAGACGUUCUACGCGCGCACGUAGUGAACAUAUACCUGCUAAAAUACAAUGAGCUUCGUACGACAUACCCUACUCACUGUUAGAGAUUUGCAGUACAUCCAGACAAAUAUUAAUAGAUAAAUCAUACAAUUAACAAU